GGUGGCUUGUUGCCAAGAUGUGGCAAGUGCGCCUCCCUCCAGCGCCGCUCGGUUUCGGCCGUUUUUAAAAAGGCAGGGCGGCCCGCACUCGCUCAGUGUGCUCGCCAAAACUUGUGCAGACGCGGGGAAGAGAUCAAGAGCGCAGCCGCAGAAGGAAAAACGGCUGCGGGUUCUGGAGCGCCGGAGAGGCUUGCGCACACGCUGGACCUUACUGGUGCUAUCAUUAAAAACGGGGAAUGAUCAGAAUAGAUAGUCUGCUCUAACGUUGUGCAAGCAGAUCUGCGGAUGCUUUUAAGGCGCAACAUUUAUUGACCUUUCUUUGUGACUUUGGAUGCGGACUUUUUUCUUACAAAGUUUCUAAUUUGACUCUAAAAUCCGAUGACCUGAAGCAAAGGUGCGUCGGAGAGCGUAAUUACGAAUUGUUCGGAGGUUCUGAUCAUAUUGGAAGAAUACCAAUAAAUAAUCCCUUACAAAAUGCUCCUCAACUUCUUAUUCGUGAUGGUGCCGUUUCUGUCGGCUGUGCCCCAGUGCUCGGGCUCAUAUGUGCCCUGCGAGCCGUGCGACCAGAAGGCGCUGUCCAUGUGCCCUCCCGAGCCCAAAGGCUGUCAGCUGGUGAAGGAGCCCGGCUGCGGCUGCUGCCUCACCUGCGCGCUCGCCGAGAAUCAGCCGUGCGGCGUCUACACCAGCACGUGUGCGCACGGACUCCGCUGCCUGCCGCGCGACGGAGAGGAGAAGCCACUACACGCACUGCUGCACGGCAGAGGGCUGUGCACCAACGAGAAGGGCUACAAGGCGUCGCAUCCGCCUGUGGAUCGUGAGUCUAAAGAGCAUGACGAGACAAUAAAGACUGACACAACGGAGGAGCAGCUGCCCCAAGCCAAAGUGCCCAUUUACCCUAAGCAAGACCUAAUCAACAGCAAGAAGCAGGCUGCCAUGCGCAAGGACAAGAAGAAGCAGCAGGAGAAGCUGAGGUCCAUGGGUUCGCUGGACUACUCAGCACUCCCAGUCGACAAGCACGAAACUGAAUUUGGUCCAUGUAGAAGAAAGCUGGAUGGGAUCAUAAAGGGGCUGAAAGACACCUCCCGCAUUGUGGCUCUCUCUCUUUAUCUGCCCAACUGUGACAGGAAGGGCUUCUUCAAACGCAAGCAGUGUAAGCCCUCACGCGGUCGGAAACGGGGAAUAUGCUGGUGCGUGGACAAAUAUGGAGUGCAGUUGCCAGGGACCGACUACAGUGGAGGGAACAUCCAAUGCAAAGACAUGGAGCCUGGCAACAACAACGAGUGAGGAGGGAUGCGCCAUGAUCACCUAAGCCGAGGCUCGCCUCCUUCUUUCCUUCCCACCUGUCCACCCGCCAGUCACUCUACGAUUUUGAUCUGAAAAGAAGAAACAAAACACAAACAAAUUUGAACAAAAACAAAUGAUAAACUUUUUUUGACUGAGCGCUCAUCUCUAACUUGGGGUACCCAGUUAAUCAGAGGGCCUCUGCUGUGUUACGAGCUGAGUCCCAGCAAAAGAUUUUUAAAAAUAUAUACAUUCAAUUAUAUAUUUUUAUAGAGGCUGGGGUUUGAGCACCAUACUUGUUAACAUACAGCAAAAAAGAGCAUAUGGUGUGUUAAUUAUUACCAGCGCUAUCUUGGUCUUUUACAUCUUUGAGGUUGAGGUGUCAGAGGAGAUAGCUCAAACUCUUAUUAUUGGAAGAACUAUAAAAUGUUUUGUUUUUUUUUGUUUUCCAAAAAAAAUCAUGUCAUAGGGAUGUGCUGAUACAGCUCACUCUAUAUGACUAUUUGGUCCUGUCAGAGCACUUAUUGGGAAAACCUUGGAAAUGUGUAACUUCACCAAGUUCAGUGUAUGUGUGUGUGAAUACGUAUGUAUGUCUUUGCAUGUGUGAAUGUACGUGCAGUUGCAUGAAAGAGAAACAUGGUGGGCACCUUUUUUUUUUUAAUAAAAGAAUGUCCCAUUUUUGUUUGUUUUCCACCACAUGAGUGUGUGGCAAAACCUCCAUGCCCCCUGAGAGCAGUUAUAGAGUAGGCUCAUUGCUAGUUGUUAGCAUUCUCUCACUGGCCCACUCUUUGGGAGAAUGAUGGAGUAGGAAUUGAACCCAUGUUUGACAUACCUGUCUCAGUGACUCUGUGACUGUGUAGCUUGCCUAAAAUGCCAACUGUGCCUAUGUAACCUGACGCUGGCGUGCAGACUGAUCCAGGUGAAUGGAUAGCUGAUGUGCUGGCUGUGGCCUGAGGUCCUGUCAUGUCCAACGUCUUCACAGAUUCCUUGUUAGAAGCGCAAAAAGAAACAUCCACACCCAAAAUCAUCUGGCACACAUUUUACAGCACAAGUAUCAGUAUCCAAAGUUGGACAUUUGGUGUUAUGGUCUGAGAGAGAUCUCAAUGGCCUGACACUAACUUUCCCAAAAUUUGGGCUUGAAGUAACUUGACUUUGAUGGACAUUCACCUUUGAGAGUGGUGGCUUCUUUUUUAGCCUGUGACAAGUUUUUGGAAUAGUCUUCUUUUAUUUUUUGCCUUCAGUGAAGUAUCAACUUAUCCGCUUAUGAGCCAUUUCCUAGACCAAGUGCUUUCACUGAAAUGAGUGACACCUUGGCGUAGUAUAUCACCGUUAACUGUAGAUUGAUGAAUGUUUUCUGAGGAACCAUUAUCAGGAAUUGCUGCUUGGAAAACAAGUUGUGCAUUUUAGCAUGUUUUCAUUGUUACAAUCUUUGUUGUAGUCUGUUUUCAUUGUUACAGCCACCCAGUCAUUUUGGGACCUUGGUCAUGUGAAUGAAGGUCUUCCCCAGUCCACCCCAACCAUCCCACCCCCAACUUAUUUUUUUCCAAGCCACACAAUUACUCUCGAAAUUCUAUCUACAGCAUGACAUAACUGCACCUUUUGCUUUUUAAAGGGUGUCAUUUGAAAAAGAAGGCACAUUUAACUACCAUUGUCAUUCAGUGCAUUGAGAGUUUUAUGUGAGUCUGUGUGUGUGAUUUAGUGCCUUUCUACAUACAAAUACAUUUGAAUAGUGACGUGAACGUUACACAGUAGCCAAGGGGAUAAAAUCGGUUAACCAUUAUGUAAUGACGAGGGUCCUCGGUCGCUUUCAGAUUUAUAUGUCAAAGAUAUUUCUGUCAUGCCACGACUAUUUUAAAACCUUGUAAAAUCACUGGCUGUGAAAGGGAAGCUAGUGGGUACACCUAUGUCUCUCAUUGAUUGUUUUUUUUUUUUAAUCUCAAUGAAUAAGCUGAAUUUUGAGACUGCAAGUGUAUGUAAAUGCUUGAGAUAGUAGUUCAAUUCGUUUUCAGUCAAGCUACAUAUGAACAGGGAUACACAGAGGCCUUCAUGGCCAGCACAGGCUGGUGAUUCUUUAGUAGAAAAACCAGCAAGAAAAGCCAUUCCCUGCCACAGUGGUUCCGCUCAGAUCUUGUUACAGAGCUCAUGUGAUCAUAGUUUCAUGGCUGGGAGGGGGCCAGUAAUGCUCGACACAAUGAGAUAGAUGAGACGCUACUCCACUAAGCUUGCCUCUAGUGCUGCUUCUCUCUGCUAUUGAUAGCUACACCAUUAUCAAAAAAAAAAGACAAAGAACCACAGGUCAACAGAAAGUCCCAAUGGCAUGUCUAAAUGGAAAAAUGAGCGAUGAGAGGCUCUCAAUGUGUGGAGAGAGAAAAGAGAGAGAGAGUUUGUCAGGGUGAAGGUUAUAAACAGACCUUCGCAGGUGUUUUAAAUGAGAUAUUGAGGAGAUGUUGUUCACUAUUAUUGCACAAAUGGCCCCUGAGGAGGAGGCCAGAGCAUUUGCCAGCAUUAUCCAGGUCCUGAUUCGUGCUCAGAGCCCCCUCCCGCUUUUUUCUUUUCUUUUUUUUUUUUUUUUU